CUUUCUAUUGCGCGAUUCUGAAAUCGCUGAGGGAAAAAUCAAAAGAUUGUGUCUCAUGCAUCAAGACAGUAGUAUAAAGAUGGUUUUCAGUUUUGUGUGGAAAAAUAAUAACAGGAUGUCUUAAUACAAACGUAAAGAUUUCUGAAGAAGGCAGAUUCGCUCAAUUUGUGGUUAGUGCAAAAGGAGACCGUCAAAAAGAACCGUGCACAAUAGGCUGGGCGUUGCAAGGCUGGCUGGGAAGUGAUGGAUAAGAUGACACGGCCCACUCACCUCCUCCCUCCGACAACCCCAGCAUAACGAUGCAGUCGCCUCUUUCGGAUCGUGCGCCUCGAUGAGGCGACAGCACCGCACUAGCGGCAUUUCAGCGGCGGCAGCUAGCACUUGAACCAUUGAGAAGGCGCCCGCUUCUAUCCAGCAAGCCGCCACCGGCCACCUCCACCACUACCACCACCUAUCGCAGCACCACCACCACCACCACUGCUGCUGUACAGGCGGCGGGCACUGUAUUGAUCUGCCAGCCCCAACUUGGUGGGAGUGACGGCCAGAUUAUUUUAGUGCGUGUAGCCGCGCAGUGGUUUGCUGCCACAGAAUUGUCUACGUUUCUGACGAUCAGGAUCGACGUGUUUGGUGUCCCCUUUCCACCCCUCAUCCCCACCCAAGCUGCACCAUGGUGCUGUUACCUAUAAGCAAUGCAGUUUCAUCAUAAUCGAACUGCUCCCCUCACCACUCCCCAUAAUCCUUGUACUAUUUUGUUGUUGGAUAAUUGCUAUUUUUGUAUACUUGUCUAAGGGUGUGAACGAGCACCCUCCCUCCUUCCGCCCGUCUGGUCCCACCCCUAACUCCACGAUCAUCACGCGUGCGCACAUCUACUCCGUUCUCUCUCGCGGGAAGUGAUUGGAAAAGAUCGAUGCCGUGCGGCGCUGUGCGCAGUGUCGGGUCCUACUGACGUGGCACGGAGUUCUCACAGACUUGAAGAUCGCCAGACACAAAGAUCUCGACUGGGGACGUGAUUACCACGAGGAUUGCGGAUCGUGCAGUGGUGUUCUGUUGGUUUUUUUAAAAAGUUUCUUUUCGUCACGAAGUGUGUGUCGUAUAGGUAAGGUCUUAUGUCUGCUCACAUCCUGCCGCAGGAAGCCGAAGCGUAGAGGCGGCGGCUACAGGCCAGGCUUCGCUCGGCUUGGCUGUUGCCGGGACGUUGCCAAGUAUGGACUUGGAUUCACGGCAAGCGCAGCCUCACUCACAGUCGCAGCGGCCGCCGCGCGUGCGAGACGAGCGUCGGUCGUUCUCCGAAAGCCUGGCCGACGGAACGUCCAAGUUCUUCAGCUCCGUCAUCGCCAAGAAGAAUGGUCUUAUCAGCGACAUUUCCAGGCAAAUCGAGACCACCUUCACGCCGUCGUCCUCGUCGUCCCGCGAAAUGAGCCUGGAGCGCGGUCGCAGCCAGGAGGAGACACCACCCCCUACCCCACCUCCCCGGCCCCCGCCUCCGCGCAAGCCUCCCAAUGUGCACGCCCUGCGCGAAAAGGAGAGACUGAUCAAGCGUAUGGCCUCGCUGCCGGCCUACACCCGCACUGACUCGGCCACCGCCUCCGAUGGGCCGCGCGCCGUGGACCGGCAGCUGUCCAUGAACGGAAUGAACAUCAGCUUUGAUGAACCGAUCUACACCCGCAAGAGCGGGGGCACGUCCGGGAUAGAGACUGGCGCUGGUGAGUCGAGCCAAAAGGAAGGCUGCUCUUCCGGGCGGCGCGUGAGCGGCGAGGAGGAGGUGGAGGUGGCGGAGCCCAAGAUGCAGGACGGGAAUGGCAGUGGCGCCAUGAAGCAUGGCGCCAGAGAUGAAGAGACAGGUAACGAUGCUGAGAUGGGUGGUGGUGGUGGUGGUGGUGCUGGUGCUGGUGGUGGCGGUGGCAGCCGCAAAGCUCCCAAGUUCACGACGAUCAAGCGCCGUUCGAGCACCAUCGACGAGAUGCUGUUUGAUGAUUAUGUUGAACCGGACAACAACUCCGACGCCGUCUUCUCCCCGGAGAAUCUGCCCCCGGACCUGAUGUCCUUUGACCAGGACGUUGACAACCAACGGUCCACCGCAGGUGCUGCUGACAUUGCAAAGGCUUCUCCUAAUCCUAGCCAAAGCAGCGUGGAUUCCAAUGGCGAGGGAGGUGAAGGUGGCACCCACCACGGUCUGUAUGUGUCCACCAGCCUGGAAUCCUCUGACGCUGAGUACGGGGGUGUCUCGCCCACCGUCAACCGCUCGAGCUCCAUGGGGUCCAUGAAGUCCUGGAGCUCCAACUACAGCAUCGACUCGCAGCCUGAUGACGUCACACUGGAGUGCAUGGAGUUCAUGAAAAUGUUCGUGGACAAAAUUUUCAGCGUUGAGGAGGAAACUUCACAAGUGGAGAAAGCCAAGUUUGGAGAGUUAUGUCAGCACGCGCCUGGACGUCUGUGGUUCGCUCGCUACGUCAACUCACAGCGCGUCAACAACAAGCGAGUCCCAGAGCAAAUCUUCUUCCGCCUGGUGCAGUACCUGGCUGUCUGUCUCUUCGAGUGCAACGAGGCGGAAGACUUCUCGCCAGCCAAAACUUUGAUGAACAUGUGCUUUACUUUCUACUGCGACAUGCCUGGUCCAGGGGGGGAUAAGAGUUUCCUGUACAUGUUUCUAAAGGACCAGCCAAUCUGGCAAUCGCUGCGCUUCUGGAAUGCAGCAUUUUUUGAUGCGGUGCAGUGUGAGCGGUCAAGGCGACCCAUGCCCACCAAUUCUGCUGCAAAUGAUACCAUGACUGAUGACCGUAAUUUUCAGGAAAACAUCACAUUUGGCCAGCUUGGGACAUUUGCAUGCAACAUGAGAGCAUUUGGUCUGAGCCGUGAGCUGUGCAUGGAAUUCCUGAGAAAACAGUCCACAAUUGCUAACCUAAGUGAAGACCAAGUGAAACUUCUACGUGACAAUGUGGACAAGAUGAAAGACACCUAAGGCUGUGUUGCUGAGAAUUGAAUCAGUGAUAGCUGCUUAGAACUGUCACAUUCCUUAGUCAGCAUAUGGUGGAUGUUUCCAUUGUCUCAACCACAGUGGUUGCAAGAAGCUGCUUCACUACUGCAGAAUUAGUUUGCAUUCUGUUUUAGAAAGCAGAGAAAUGGUGAUGUUAACUCAUUAAAUUUUCUUCUCUGCUCAGAUCUGGAUACUUUUGUAACCAUUUCAGCGACAUUCCUGCUUCAGAUGACGGAAGUGUGGUAACAGACUAUAACACUGAGUUACAUGAAGUGUAACGUAGCGGCAGGAUAUUGUGAAAAGAACAGACCAGGUCUUUCAGGACAUAAAGAAGCAGAAUCUUGUGAAUGGGGAGAAGUGCAUGUCCAACCAUAUGCAGGUGCUGUUUUCAAUUCCAAAUGUUUUUUCUUUAAGUUCUGUCACAUGCAUGAAAUCGAUACUUUAUUGAUUUUGUGGUUUUUUUUUUGAGACCAAGGAAACCAGAUGGAAUAUGGAUGGUCGAAUAAGAUACGACAAGGGCAAGUCCCCAAGAGAAAAUUCAUUUGUAUUGUGUUGCAGUCAUGCAUUUGUAAAUCUUUCUUUGGUGUUCUGCAGGGCAAUGUUUUGAUGUGCACACUUACAUACAUAAUAUAUUUCUGUCUACACAAAUUAUUCUGUCCAUUCAUACAUGAAUUUAAAGAUCGUUCAAAUGCAACAGAUCAAUUUUUCAGUAUGCAUGCAGAUAGGCUCCUGUGCCUCUGGUAGUGAUGACAGCAUCAGGUGUAAGCUGAAGCAUAAAUAAGAACCUAGUGAGGUGGUCCUUGUCUGUGAGGAUGGGGGAAUUCGAUUACAGUUAAUCUGAAAUUUGAGUGGUGACAAUAACAAGCAAGUAAUCAAAAUUCAGUAUGCCUAAACAUUUGUUGAUGAAGAAUGCUAGGAUGGAGGCAAGUUUUGUUGAGAAGUGCAAGUACAGAGACAAAGAAACCGAGUGAAGUAUUGGGCAUGUUUAGACUGUUGGAUUUCACCAUGCUAUGGCCUGUUCUCACUUGGUGCCCUUUUGAAACUUAUGAACUGUUUAUUUAAUUUCCCCAUUUUUUGUGGGAGGUGGAAGGGAGCAACAGGGUGCCAUGUUAUAAAAAGAUAAUGGAAGUCAUAGAUACUGAAUCUUCAGAUAUUGGAGGCACAGCUGUACAUAGUUUUUACGUAAUUAUGUAACCUAAACAUGCUAAAGUACCUGGAAUUUUAUGUUUAUGUUACAUAAUUUCUGGUUACUUACAUGUUGUGACAUUUCUCAGAAUGGCAAUUGUCUCUUUGGAGAAUCAGUUAAAUUGAAAUAUGAAAGUAUUUGCAUUGUUAAAUGUCAAGCCUUUGGUAAAGUCUAAAGUUCAAAUAAUUAGGUAAGAAAAAAUGAUGUGCUCCAUUUCUGUCCUGUCCUUCCUGUAGGACACUUGCCCUCCAUUUUUCCAACAUUACCACAGUUCUAACAUAAUCAGAAAUGUAGCAACUCAUAACUCAGCAUAAUUUUUCUUUCUAAUAGUAAUAAUGAACAUUUUACAUAGCGCUUUUCUAAUGAUUUGCUCCGAGCACUUUACAGAAAUGAAAUACAGACUGAGAUCUUUUCAGCUUGAAAGACUUGUUUUCCUUUUCUUAUUAUAGUGCAUGGGAACAGACUUUAUCCCACAGUUUGACUUUCUGAAAUCAGGGAGGUUUUUUAGUUACAUGCUACCAAUAACAGUAAAAUUUUUAUUCUUUUGUCUUAAUGAAUCAGUUGUAAAGAAAAAACACAGGGUUCAACUUUAUUCUUGCUAUUUUGAUAUUUCUGUUAUGCUCCUCUAUGUUUUUGAGUCAGUCUAGUAGCAUCCCAGGAAGCAUAUUUUCUGUUUGGAUGUGACUCCUUUUUCCAGAGUUUUUUCCAAGUACUCCGAUUUCCUCCUAUCACUCUUCUAAAUACCAAAUAAAUAAAUAAAUCACCAUUUAUCGCAGCAGUUCAACCAUAGUUGGAACAGGAACUCAUUCCUGCUACCACAUACACCAGUUUUUGAAACAUGGAAGUGAAACAUGGAAUUCAGAGAAACAGUAUUGCACAGGUCAUGAAAGUGAAAAAGAAAGUAUCCAGGUACCUGAAUAAUUUUAACACUAAUUUUUUUAUAUACAUGUAACUCCAAACUAACAUUCCUUAUUUAAAAUACAUUUACAUACCUAUAACUCCAAACUAACAUUCCUUAUUUUAAACAAAAAAAAAUGCAUGUACAUUAUUUGCUUAUGAUAAUGUAGCAAGUUAUCAAGACUAGCAAAUAGAAAAUGUAUUGCAGUAUGUUGUUGUGACCCCUGAUCAAAUUCGGCAUUCUCCAAUAGGUAGGAAGAAGGUACACAUAUCCUUAAGAUGCAUUUGCUUGCUGCCACAAAUGAAAUAAAUCUUGUGGAAACAUCUGAAGCAUGGCUGCUUACUGUCAUGGAGAAAUGCUUUAAGUGUAUUGCUUACAUGGCAUCAUGGAUAAAAUACCAAUGUAAAUAUUUUCACGAUGCUGUUCUACUAUAAUGCUGUUCAGAAAGUAUGGAAUGUAGAGAAUAUCAAGCUCUGUUUUGUUCCAGCAUGCCAGUUAAGCUUCGGGUGUUUAGUGCUGAACAUGCCACGAAAUUUAAAGUUGCAUGUAGUAGUGUGCAAGAUUACCAGUAGCAUGCUCAUUCUAGAUGUGUGACAUACAUUUUAACCAGUCAAAGCCUUAUUUCACAAAGAGAGAGUCCAUCACAGUGGUUCAUGUGUUUUUACCCUCACUCCUAGUGUAAUUUCUGCAUGUAUCAGCACCUGUUAGUUUCUAUCUGUACCCAAGCUAAAUAUGUGAAAUCAUUUCAAAACCUUGUUUACUAGAAAAACAACUUUUGGGGUUCCACCCCCAACAUACCAUUUCUCAGUCAAGAGAUAAUGCUUUGUCUACAUUCAUAUCAAGUCUCUAAAAGGCAAGUUACCAACUGCUGUUCCAGCACCUUCUGCUCACGUGGAGUUUCAUACAAAUGAUGUGGCAAUCGCUAGCUUCCCAGACACCUAGACAGAGCACCUUCUAUCUCAUACACUCUGUAUGAUUUCUUCUUGUGGCUGUAACUGGCCAGAAGAGGGCAGGGAAAAUUUUAUUGUGGUUGUAUAAAGUUUCCAUCCCUUGAGCUAGACUAUUUCAAAGAUGCUGCAGCAAAAGUUUGAAAAGGUUUGCAUGAUGAACAGGCAGGGUUUGGUUACUGAAACAAGGUCCAUGUUAGCUAAAUGAGGAAUAGGAUAUUGUAAUAAUGUAAUUUUUGCUUUUAUUGACUGCAAAAUGUCACGAGCUGAUCAUGGUUCAGUGGUAUCAGCUUGACUGAGUGUACAUAGAUGUUGAAAUGUAGAUGCAUUUACUGGUGAAUGAAGACUUUUUUCCCCAGCAGAACGUUGUUGCUCAGUGAGAGUAAAGAGAAAAGUAGUGAUGUA